UCAAAACUAACCGUCUAAAGUUAAUAUCUGUAAUUCAGAAAUAUUUAUGGAUUACUAGCUAUAUAUGUAUUUGAAAUUACUGUUGUUGUUUUUGCUCAUACUUUUAUGCGGGAUUAACCGUUAAUUUGAAUAAUUUUGGCAUUGUUAAGACACUUUUUUGCUUUUAAGUGUUAUUGUUCAUUUUAGAAGAACGGGUUUCUCGCGUGUUCAGUGUCUUCAGAACGGUCAUAUGCUAUACAGCUAUGUCGGAACGCGCGCGUGGUAGAUUUCAUUCAAUGUACUUCAAAUUCCGUGUUCAAAGAACAUUUGCCAAGAAACCGGAGACUGAGUGUCUAGCCAAAGAAUGCUACUUGAAAGAAGACCAGCUAAAAUUAAUUCUUCAAUCCUUCUCUGCACUGGAUGAGAAUGGAGACGGCAAGAUAUCAAAACGAGAAAUUGCGAGAGCAUACAAACUUGCUGGUUUCAAUCCCUCGAAGACAGAUCUUGAAGAAAUUGUGGGUCAACAUGAUGCAAACGAUGAUGGAUACAUAGAUUUUGCGGAGUACUUCCAGGCUAUGCGAGUCAAAAUGAUUUCAGUGGACUUUGAAGAAGAAAGAUUAAGAACUGCGUUUCGUGUUCUUGAUACUAACCAGAUGGAUUCAUCACACGCGAAGAAUUAAGACACGCUAUUUCAGCAAGUGGUAACCCUUUGUCUGAAGAUGAGAUAGAUGGUAUUAUAAAGAGAGCCGACAAAAAUCAAGAUGGAAAAAUAGAUUACAAAGAAUAUAUCGAGGCUGGUCUUAGCAAGUGCAUAUUUUGACUGAGUUUGUUGAUGCUGACAUUCUGAUUGGAUAUUUCAAGUACUUAGUGUAAAUAUUAAAUGAAUAUGCACGCCAGGAGCUGUAAUAAGUCCUUUUAAGAAAAUACUUCCAUGUGUAUAAUUAUCAAUGCAAUAUACAUACAAAAUGGUUCAACGAGUUAAAAGCAAUAUUUGUGAAUAAAAACUACGAAAGACCGGUA